AACACCAUAUAUUCGGCACAAUUAACUACCGCAGCUACUCCCCAGUUUGUUAARCGACCACCUCUAAGUAAGGGUAUAGAAGAAGGUCAGGAUCUAGUUAUAAAAUGUACUGCUAUYGGUCCACCGACACCUAAAAUCACGUGGGUACAGAKAGAAAGUCAAGUCAGCAUGAGUACRGGAAUGGGAAGUGCUAUAUUGAGGAUAGCAAACAUUAGAAGAKACCAGAAWGGGACGUAUGAGUGUCAGGCGAGGAACAACCCGAAUAAGAGACUGGUYACUGCACAAACUGUUGUGACUGUCUAUUUCAAACCAACUGUUAAUGAGUCUUAUUCGACUUCAAAAUCCAAAUCAUGGAAUGGCAACAGUAUUCAUCUCAGAUGUUUUGCAACUGGUUUACCUUCACCACGAAUAUCAUGGUACAAACCAACAAAUCAACAGAUCACUACAGGUGUCAUCAUUGUACCCGGGGGUAGUGAGGUGACAGUACUGACAGCUACUGACCAAGGGGACUAUGGACAGUACAAGUGUCGAGCAACAAACAUCCUGGGAAGUGAUGAACAUGUUAUAAAUGUUACUAAGCUGAUUUCUCCAGGUCCUGUUUCUUUAACAAUAACCGAUGUCGAAGCAUCAUCCAUMAAUGUUACAUGGUACAAACCUGCUGAUGAUGGUGGACUCGAUGUCACUGGUUACUUAGUGGAAGUAAGUACCAAGCCCCCUGUGAUCACAGUGAAUACCCAGACUGUUAUAACAGGACUGAAAGCAAACAAGCUCUACGCUGUCAAAGUGUAUGCCAAGAAUAUUGUUGGAUAUGGAGUGGAGUCUUCCAAAAUUAUCAGAACACAAAAAAUAGGUAAGCCAUCAGCUCCAGAGCUAGUGAUAGCUCUUCUUGAACGGUCACCAGAGUUCAAACUCUCAGUCSUCUUGAGAUGGGAAGAGCCGGAUGACAAUGGCGGCAACAUAUCAAGGUACACAAUCUACGUAAAGGAAGUCGAGAAAAAGGCUGAGUGGACAAAGUAUGAUAACGUUAUUGAUUCAAAACAG